AUGCUGUUCCGCUUCGGCGUGGUGGUGCCGCCCGCGGUGGCCGGCGCGCGGCCCGAGCUGCUGCUCGCCGGGUCGCGGCCGGAGCUGGGGCGCUGGGAGCCGCGCGGCGCCGUGCGUCUCAGGCCCGCGGGCACGGCGGCGGGGGUGGCCGCGCUGGCGCUGCAGGAGCCCAGCCUGUGGCUCGCUGAGGUGGAGCUGGCGCCCGACGAGGCGGCGGCCGGCGGGGCGGAGCCGGGCCGGGAGGACGCCGGCCGCGUGGACACGUUCUGGUACAAGUUCCUGCUGCGGGAGCCCGGAGGCGAGCUGCGCUGGGAAGGAAAUGGACCUCACCAUGACCGUUGCUGCACAUAUAACGAAAACAACUUGGUGGAUGGUGUUUAUUGUCUCCCAGUAGGACACUGGAUUGAGGCCACUGGGCACACCAAUGAAAUGAAGCACACAACAGACUUCUACUUUAAUAUUGCAGGCCACCAAGCCAUGCAUUAUUCAAGAAUUCUACCAAACAUCUGGCUGGGUAGCUGCCCUCGCCAACUGGAACAUGUGACCAUCAAGCUGAAGCAUGAGUUGGGAGUGACCGCUGUCAUGAAUUUCCAGACAGAAUGGGAUAUCAUCCAGAAUUCUUCAGGCUGCAACCGCUACCCCGAACCCAUGACUCCAGACACCAUGAUGAAACUGUAUAAGGAAGAAGGCUUGGCCUACAUCUGGAUGCCCACGCCGGACAUGAGCACUGAGGGCCGGGUGCAGAUGCUGCCACAGGCUGUGUGUCUCCUACACGCGCUUCUGGAGAAUGGCCACACCGUGUACGUGCACUGCAAUGCUGGGGUAGGCCGCUCCACAGCUGCAGUGUGCGGCUGGCUGCACUACGUGAUUGGCUGGAGCCUGCGGAAGGUGCAGUACUUUAUCAUGGCCAAGAGGCCCGCGGUCUACAUCGAUGAAGAAGCUCUGGCCCGAGCACAGGAAGACUUUUUUCAGAAGUUUGGGAAGGUUCACUCUUCCAUAUGCAGUUUGUAGGUGGCCAGCCUGC